GAUGUCUAUUUAUGUAACGGUGGUUAUUAUGUGGUUCGAACAUAACCUAAGUUACUUAACCUAAUUUAACAAGUAAAAAUCUCGAAGGAAAUGCAGGUUUCGAGCGAGUAAAUUACAUAAUUACGCACAUGGCGUUAUACAAAAGGUUUUUCGAGUUGACUCCAUUCCUCAAGUCAAUGGAAUUGCAUUACACGUGUCAUCGGAUAUGGAAAAUGCAAAAAUUGAUGGUUUUGUUAAAACAUUCUCAAUUAUUUUGUACUUAUUCUUAUCCGUUUAAUAGUAUAUGUAGCAACGUUAUAAAUGUAGGAACAUAUAGGCAAUUAAGUGCGGCGAAAUUCCAUACAAGUUCAGUGAUUUGGAAGAGACGAAAAACAGGUGAAGAAAAGAAAGUAAAUCGAAUUCUUGAGUAUCCAAAAGUUAAAGGAGAAGUUGUUGAAGUGUGGAAUAAUAUAACAGCUGAAGAACUUGCAAAAGUACUAAAAAAAGACUUCAACUACAUUAGAGAUAUAUUUCUUGAUGAAAUAAAAAGUCCAAAAACUGUUAUAAGUGAUUUAAAAUAUCUUCAGCAGGGUCUAAGGCGCAGUGGCCGUCGAAUGAAAAUUAUAGCAAAUCCAUCUAAUAACAAAGAACAGAUCAUUGUGGACAAAGAUGUCUUUCCAAGACCCCCUGCUUCAAAAUCUGAACUAAAAAGCAGACCUCCAGUUGUUACAGUAAUGGGUCACGUUGACCACGGUAAAACCACCUUACUUGAUGCUCUUCGACAUUCUAGUGUUGUAGAACAAGAAUUUGGUGGUAUUACUCAACAUAUUGGUGCCUUCUCAGUAACUUUAGAUUCAGGUGCUAAAAUAACUUUUCUUGAUACUCCAGGACAUGCAGCUUUCAGUGCAAUGAGAGCUAGAGGUGCAUUUGUAACAGAUAUUGUGGUAUUAGUUGUGGCUGCUGAUGAUGGAGUUAUGGAACAAACUUUAGAAUCAAUUCGAAUGGCCAGAGAAGCUAAAGUACCUAUACUGGUAGCUAUAAAUAAAAUUGAUUCUCCAAAAGCAGACGUUGGUAGAACAGAACAAAUGUUAGUAGAAGCAGGUAUCCAAAUAGAGAAAUUGGGUGGCGAUGUUCAAGCUAUACCAAUUUCGGCGUUAAAAAAGCAAAAUCUGAAUUUACUUACUGAAGCUUUAGUUCUACAAGCAGAACUGCUUGAAGUAGGUGCAGAUCCUAGUGGUCCUGUUGAAGCUGUAGUUGUUGAAAGCAGAUUAGAUUCAAAUAAAGGAAAACUGUGUACUUGUAUAGUACAAAGGGGAAUCCUCACGAAAGGCAAUAUUCUAGUCGCAGGAACUGCCUUCUGCAAAGUUCGAAAUCUUCAUGAUGCUGAAGGUAAAGUUAUGAAAGAAGUUUUUCCUGGAUAUCCUGUAGAAAUUGAGGGUUGGAAAGACUUACCUGCUCCAGGCGAAUUAGUGUUGCAAGUAGAAACAGAAAAACGAGCUAGAGACGUAGUGAAAUUUCGUCAAGAUAAACUUGAUGCUGAAAAAUUAGAAGAGGACGCUGUUAUGAUUGCUGAAAAACGAGCCCAUCAUGAAAAGGAAUACUAUGAGAGGUUAAAACUGAAGAGAAGUUUGGGAAGGUACAAACUUAAAAAUGAUGGCCCUCGAAAACCAGAAAUUCCUAAAGACGAUGAUCCAACACCAGCUUUAAACGUAAUUUUGAAGAGUGAUGUUGAUGGAACUUUGGAAGCAGUUUUAAAUGCGUUGGAUACAUAUGAUCAAGAUGGGUGUAAAAUGGAUUUAGUUCACUAUGGAGUGGGAUCUGUAAGUGAAACUGACGUAGAGUUAGCACAAAUUUUUAAAGGAAUCAUUUACGCUUUUAACGUAAAUUGCAAUCCCAACAUCAUGGACUUAGCUGAGAAUGCAGGAGUCCAAAUAAAGUUUUAUAACGUCAUAUAUAAAUUAGUAGAUGACGUUAAAGAAGAAAUUAAUAAAAGAUUGCCUGAGAAAGAAGUAGAGGAAGUAGUGGGAGAAGCAACCGUUUUACAACAAUUUGAAGUUAAUCAAGGAAAGAAAAAAAAUCCUGUGGCGGGUUGUAGAUGCGUUAAAGGCACUCUAAGGAAAUCUGCAAUGUAUAAAGUGAUACGAAAUAACAGUAUAAUACACAUUGGUCAGCUGUCAUCCAUGAGACACCUAAAGGACGAAGUAGAUACUAUUAAAACCAACACCGAGUGUGGGUUGCAAUUGCUAGAUAAAACGAUAACGUUUGAACCAGGCGAUUCUAUUAUAUGCUAUCAAAUUAAAAUGGAACGUCAAACAACAAUGUGGGAUCCGGGUUUUUAAUAAAAUAAACUCUCAUCCUUA